AUGUCCAGCACUGUGUUUACUGCUGAUAGAGUGGACUACUUUGGCCCCUUUGGUCAAAAAAAGCAGGGUACGCGCUGUGAACUGACCAUCCGUAAUGUGACCAAGGAGGACAGUGGGAACUACUCUGUAAGAUAUUCUGAAAACCCAUGCCAUGUAAGCAUUGAACAACCACCAACCUUCCAGGAGGGGGCGACGGUGACCCUGCAGUGCUCUACACGGAGCUACUGUGAGCAUCGCCCUGAAUGGUCUCGCUCUAACGGGAGGUACACACAAACCUCACAGGGCAACAGCACCCUGCUGACCUUCAGCGCCUCCUGGAUGGACGAUGGCCAGACUCUGUCCUGCAGACCCCCAGGGGUCGACUACCCGUGUGCAGUCCAGAGCAUCACAUUGGCUGUGGAAUAUUCCCCCAAAGAUACACAGGUUACCGUCAGUUCUAAGGACAUAAGAGAAGGAAACCCCAUCUUCCUCACCUGCGUCAGCAAAGGGAACCCAGAGCCCUCCUACACCUGGUUUAAAAACGGGCAAGAUGCAUUUACGAAUACAGCAAACCUGAACUUUCCAGAUGUCAGAUCUAAAGACAACGGGACAUACGUCUGUCAGGCACAGAACCUGAGAGGGAUAGAAAAUUCCUCUGCUGUUACCAUUGAUGUCACAUACGCCCCCCGUACGGUCACUGCCACCCCCAGUCUGCGCUGGAUCAAGGAGGGAGAUGAAGUCACUCUGUCCUGCAGUGCUGAGGACAGCAACCCUGCGCCGACCCAGUACCUCUGGUUCAGAAACCACGCCCCCUACAGCGAAGGCUCUGAGCACCGCUUCCUCUCCAUAACCACACAGGACAGCAAUGUGUACCACUGCCAGGCCUCCAACGCUGCAGGCAGCACGGUGUCGCCUUCCAUUGCAGUGACCGUUCACUAUGGGCCAAGAAACACCCGUGUGGAGUCCAGCACUGGUGACAGCAGGGUGAAGGUGGGCCACGAUCUCACCCUCACCUGUGCCACCGACGCCCUUCCUCAACCCAGCUACACCUGGUACCACGCAGGCAGGAGGAUGGACAGACAGGUGUCUCCGCAGCUCCAGGAGGCUGGCAGAGCCCUGACAUGGCAGCAGAUCAAUGUCAGUGACGCUGGGGAGUACAUGUGCCAGGCCCUGAACAACAUCACAGGGCAAAACUCCAGCAGCAUCCACAUAGAUGUGCUCUACCCCCCCAAUAAGCUGGUCCUGACCAUGGAUUCUGUGGUGAACGAGUCUUCACUCCUAACCAUCCUCUGUCGGGUGCAGAGCAACCCCAACUCCAGCCUCAGCUUGACCUGGAAACCUGACCUCAAGUCCGACGCCAGCUCUCCACUGGCCCAUCUUCCGGUCCAUAAUUCCCUCAACUCCCUCAGCUUCUCCUUCCAGGUGUCAUUCGUUAAUGCAGGUGUGUACACCUGCAGGGCCCAGAACUCAGAGGGAGAUGCCUUCACUGAACAGACGCUCGUGGUUCAGUAUCCCCCCCAGAACAUCACAGUUACACCCAGUCCCGGCAGCAAGGUGGAGGAGGGCAGGAGGCUGGAGCUCACCUGCAGGGCACAGUCCGUCCCUGUGAGCCAGUACACCUGGUUUAAGAGCAGGGGCGGGAGGACCGAGCGGGCAGGAGAGGGCGCGACACUGGCGUGGCAACCCGCAGCUGUGAGUGACGCAGGACAGUACCACUGCAGAGCCACGAACAGGAUGGGAGAGGCCAACUCCUCUGCCGUGGACGUCAGCAUCCUGUAUGGUCCAAAAUAUGUGGAGAUUAUUCGCAUGACCACAAGGGGGCAGCAGCAUGGCGCAGUGGUGAUGACCUGCCACAGUCUCAGUGUUCCCCCGAUCCACAGCUACACAUGGUUCAGACAGACGAGCGAGAAGGACAAGAUGGUGUCAAUGAAGCAGAACUACACCGUAUUCCCCAAUCAGGAAGGGACCUAUUACUGCAUCGCAAAAAACAGCAUCAGCAGUUCCAAGUCCAAAACGAUUGACGUGUAUUUUGGCUGGAGCUACACCCUUGUGGUGCUGUGUGUUUCGGUAGCAGCUCUGAUCUUCACGAUCAUCUUUGUCCUGGUGUACAGAUUGAAGAGAAAACCUGGCCAGCAGAGCUCUGCAGCAGAGUGGUCCUGCUGCCGUCACUUCAGUUUUCUGGAUUCUCGGAAUGGCACGAGGGAGACUCUGGUGAUGGAGGGGGUGGGGGACUCUGGGAGGAGCAGAGAGAACCUAUCAGCAGGGAUGACCCAGCAUUCGGCCCCGCCCCUCGAACCUCCAGCCAGCCAGCCCAUCCCCCUCUCGGGUAUUCACACGGUGUACAGUGCAGUGAAGACCUCUGGGAUACCACAGCAGGGACCACAAGCAGACAGAGCUGGACAGAAGGAAGACUCAAUAACCUAUGCCUCUCUGCACUUCCCUGGAGAGGACAACACACACAAAACGAGCAGGGACACUAACACCAAGGGCUCCACCGAGUGCAUCUACAGCAAAGUUUGCAAGCCGGGACUGAAGGAAAAGGAGGAGAAGGACUACGAGAACGUGACACAGGUGGGCAUGCACUGGCAGCAGCCUGAGACAGACACAGAGACCAGCACCUCUGACGAGGAGGACGUCAGCUACAGCGUGGUCUCCUUCCCAGCUCAAACCGCUCCCCAGAGACGCCAGCUCCACCAGCAGCACCAUUACCCAGACAGCAGCUCCAGCUCAGAUGAGGAAGACUACGAAACACAGUACUCUGACAUCAAGAUCUGACUGGCUGGGCA